UGGAGAGCGCAGGCUCCGCCCUCUCCCGGGUGUUCAGCUCACUCUCCGCGGGUAGCUGUAGCUGAAAUCUUCGGGAGGCAAAGCCCGGCUUUGCUGGCUCUCUGUCACCGGGUCCAGGACCCCCCCAGCAGUGCAGCAUCGGAACUCCUACCCGCCUCACAGUUUCCCUUGCAGAGGAGAUCUCUGGCUGGUUUACGCUAGGUUCGGGAUUUGCUUGGUGGGACGACCACCCCCCCCACCCCACCCUCACCCUACUCCUCUCCUCGACACCCCCCCCCCACCGGCCUGACAAAACGCGGGAAGCUAUGGGGCUGCAACCGCUGGAGUUCAGUGACUGCUACGUGGAGAGCCCCCACUUUCGCGAGCGGCUGAGGGCGCACGAAGCCGAGCUGGAGAAGACGAAUAAGUUUAUCAAGGAGUUGUUGAAGGACGGGAAGGCGCUAGUCUUAGCCACGAAAAAUCUUUCAACUGCACAGCAGAAGUUUGCUCAGUCCCUUGGAGAAUUUUCCUUUGAAUUUAUUGGUGAUGCUGAGACAGAUGAUGAACGAUGCAUAGAUGAGUCGGUGCAGGAGUUCGCAGUAUUUUUGCGUACUCUUGAGGAACAAAGGGAAAUGAUGGCUCAUAACAUCAGUGAAACAUUUAUCAAACCAUUGGAAAGAUUCAGAAAGGACCAGAUCGGAGCAGCGAAGGAAGAAAAGAAAAAGUAUGACAAAGAAACUGAAAAAUACUACAGUACGUUGGAAAAACAUGUCAAUUUGUCGUCAAAGAAGAAAGAAGCGUCACUUUUGGAGGCAGAUAGUCAGCUAGAGUUGAUCCGGCAACACUACUAUGAAUUAUCAUUGGACUAUGUGUGUAAAGUGCAAGAAAUUCAAGAACGCAAGAAAUUUGAAUUUGUGGAGCCUAUGCUGUCGUUCUUUCAGAUGCUUUUUACAUUUUAUCAUCAAGGUUAUGAACUAGCCAAAGAUUUUGAUCACUACAAAACUGACCUGCACCUCCAUAUACAAAAUGCAAGGAAUCGAUUUGAGGGUGCCAGGACUGAAGUGGAGGGACUAAUGAACAAGAUUAAAAAAAAUCCUCAUGAGCACACUCGAACGACCCCAUUUACCACAGAGGGAUACCUUUAUUUGCAAGAAAAAAGAACAGGCCCCUUUGGUUCAAGUUGGGUGAAAUAUUACUGCACUUAUAAUAAGGAGACAAAGAGGUUUACCAUGUUGCAGUUUGAUCAGAGAUCAGGUGGGAAAAUUGGUGAAGAAGAUGCAUUUAUUCUUAAAUCAUGUACAAGGAAGAAAUCUGACUCCAUAGACAAGAGGUUUUGUUUUGAUAUUGAAGCAAAGGAUAGGCAAGGUAUUAUCACCCUGCAAGCUAUUACAGAAGAAGACCGUAGACAGUGGAUGGAGGCUUUGGAUGGAAAAGAACCAGUAUACUUAAUUACCAGGAGUAAUUUAAGAAAAGAAGGAUAUGUUCAACUGGAUGAAGUGGGUUUCAACAUAAUAAAGAAGUGCAUCCAUGCACUUGAAACCCGUGGACUCAAUGAUCAAGGUUUAUAUAGAGUGGUUGGAGUCAGUUCAAAAGUCCAGAGGCUGAUGAAUUUGUUGACUGAUGCAAAGACCUGUGCUGAACUUGAUCUCAAUAACACAAUGGAAUGGGAAACAAAGACCAUCACCAGUGCACUUAAACAGUAUCUGCGGAAUCUUCCGGAGCCUGUCAUGACUUACAAGUUGCAUUCAGAAUUCAUCUCUCUAAUCAAAAGUGGUAGUCCCGAAUCAAGAAUCCAGCCACUUCAUUCCCUCAUUCAUAAACUUCCAGAAAAGAAUCGCGAGAUAUUGGGCAUUCUCAUCAAGCAUUUGGCCAACGUAUCUAAUAAUGCAAAGCUGAACCUGAUGACCGUUGCAAACCUAGGAGUUGUAUUUGGACCGACUCUGAUGAGAGCUCGGCAGGAAAGUGUGGCUGCCAUCAUGGAUCUCAAGUUUCAGAACAUCAUUGUGGAAAUUCUAAUUGAAAACUGCGAAAAGAUAUUCGGGACAGUUCCAGAUGUUGGCGUGGGUCAGUCAGACAUCACUUCAGUGCCACCGCCAAAUAGACUGACCAGAAGGUCAGCACGUGGACCACGCCUUUCAAGACCCAUAGCAGUAUAUAAUUUUUCUGUUGGUCUGGAAAAAGGUGAAAAUCCCAGUGGUGCAGUAGAUGACACUCCAAGUGGAAGCAUGGAAUCCAUUUCUUCGCAUUCCUCAGUAACUACAACAUCUUCCAACUCCAACAGUCCCCCAGAACAAGCCAGGAAUCAUGUUCAUGCAAGCUGUGUCCAUUCUUCUGAAGGCCCGUCUUCUCUUUCAUCUACACCAAUGGUUUCCUGGUUCAAUGUCUCCUCAACAACACAGUCAUCAUCUUCCCAGUCUCCAACUGUGACUCCCACAAGUGAAGAAUCUCUGGACGGGGUUCCAAACCUUAAAGCCAAGGCUGUCUAUUCUUGCGAAGCUGAACAUGUCUCUGAGUUAUCCUUCAAAGUGGGAGCAAUAUUCGAAAAUGUUCACUCUUCACGGGAACCCGGCUGGUUGGAAGGAACCCUCAAUGGCAAAACAGGACUUAUUCCUCAAAAUUAUGUUGAGUUCCUGUAGCACUGAGCCUUUGAACUUUUUAAAAAAUGCUUUUCAUGGUAUCCAUGGCCAAUCACUUGACAAGACAGAAUUACCACUGGUCCUACCGUAGUUCCAAACCUUGCAUCUUAAAAUUGGAACAAAGGCAAAUGCUGAUUUGCAUAUUAACAUACCUAACCUGCAGCAUCUGUAAAACUUGUGUUUUUAAGUUAAAUAUAGGCUGAAGUGUUACUGUUACUUUGGCAUGCUACUUUAAUUAUCAUAGACUUUUUAUUCAUAGGAUUUAGGAGCUGGAGGGCAGCGUUUGAAGAUAGUUUUGUAAUAUACAAACAGCAGGUGUUAUUUUUGUAGCCCUAAAUUCUAAUAUCUAUUUCGCAUCACAGUUCAAUUCUACAUAUAAUUUUGUUAUGCUUUAUGCAUAUAAAUAAAAGAGAAAUUGCAGUAAAAAUGGGUGAGGAAGAAGGGGAGUUAUUUCUAUGCACUUUGGAUUUUGCAUUGUAGACCACGUCUAACAUCAGGAUGUUUCAAUUUUAAGAAACAGUGAAUAUGUUAUUGUAAAAUAUUUUUGACGUUGUAUAUUUGUGAAACAUUUUAAGUAAUUAGAUAGAUAUUGAAAACCAUCAGAUCUGCUGACAGCAUUUUUACAAGAUGUUAGUGAAUAUAUCGUGAGUUUUUAUUAAUGGAACAAUUCCAUUCAAAUUAUAACAAGCAGUUAUAAAUUCCAUGUUUGUAUAUUUCUGUUAAUUUUAACUUGAGAAAAUUGUGAACUAUAUUUAGUUUAAGACAUUGUUAUACUUGAGGAUUGUUCCAGCUUUAAUAGUUAUGUGGACGAAUGGUCAGCCUUGUCACAGACCUAAAGAUUUAAAAAUUAAUCUGGAUUAUCGUGUAAUGACAAGGGAAAAUAAAAAUCACUGCCUAUAGAAGUUUUGAGAUUUUAUU